UUGUUUAUUCUUUACGAGUAUACAAUGGUCGGCACACGAUAUUUCCAAUUGUAGACCUUCUCUGGAGCUUCCUCAUUUCGUAAUAACAGAAGUGUUCCUCUUUUCCAACGUACAAAGAAUAUGAAUGGAAUUAUAUAUGCAGUUAACAGUUUGUUAGCUUUGUACUUUGUUUGUGCAGCAUCACCUACAGUAUAUACCUUUGGGAAGAGCUGUUCCUUACACCCACAGCAAAUCAAUGAGGACUCUUCGUUUUAUGUGACAUACUACGAUAUCAAUGGAAGCAGUGAAAUUCGGUGUUCGUACAUGGGGUUCAGUGGUACACAUAUUAAGGACAAAUACAAAAUCUGCACAGCUCCAAUAAUAUUUUCUGAUUCAUCAUGCAGAAUGAAAUUAACACUCCGAAAUAGUUUAAACGGCACGGCGUUGAAGACGUAUGCCUGUAAUGGGAAUCCAAUGUCUGAAAUAUGUGCAAAGGAAGGGGAAGAUCUAUAUAUUGUUGGUGAACUCUUCCCUCUCAGUAAUUGGACACGAAGAGAAUUCCUUUUUUGUGUGUAUGUUUCGAAGACUUAUGAUUACGUGGGCACAGUAGCUGGAGUUUCAGUCGGAGUUGCUGGGAGCUGUAUUUUAAUGCUUACUGUUGUCUUCUUGAGGUGUCGAAAGAUGAAACCGUCCGGUCCCUCUCCGAGACAUCGACUUGUUUCUUUUUGCUGUGGACACACACAUUCGAGUGAUGACCGUUAUCGAUCACCGGAAACUUUGGAGCAGACAAACAGUUGGGCAUCUAAUUGCAGUCAGCUCUCAUCCGAAAACUUCGUUCCGUCAUCUCCAUGUUCGAAUGACUUGUUCAAAAUUAUUCCAUUAACGUCAAGGGAGAACCGUGUUACAACCAACCUAGGAGCCCCUCCUCCGUAUGAGACGCGUGCAGAUACAUCAUUUAACCCUCCAGACUAUUCUUCACUGUACAUGUAAAAACAGAGAUGCCUCAAUUGCGUUUUCUUCUUGUGUUCAUUGUUAACUCAAAGUAUUGGAUAACCCGUCAUACAUCUUAAGUACUCCGUUAUUAAUCAUUUUAGAAUUCUAGCAAAAAGGGUCCUUAGGUAUAUUAGUACUAAAGUGUGAACAAUAGAGAACAUCCCUCAAAAUAUUAGAGCAAUGUUAAUUGUCGUUAAAAUAUUACAGUCAGUCAAAGAUAACAACUGAAUCGUGAUUGGAAAUCAUGACCUAUUUCUUUACAAGUAUGCAAGAAAUGACGUUACGUUUUUUCAUUAUGACGUUUUUUGAAAAAAAAUUGUUGUAUAAGAUAAGGGCCUUUUUGCUAGGAACGGCUCAUUUAAGAAAUAAAUCACGCCAUUUUAAAGUGUACAUGUUAACAGCAUUUAACAUAUUUUUGUGAUAUAGUGGUCGUUACAUGUAUAUAUGCAAUAAUAAUUUCAAUAUAAAGAAGCUUAAGGUCAUGUGUCUAGCUUUGAAAAAUCAAAAUAUGUACAUGAAAUAAUCGGCUUUAUUCUGCUCGUGUGGCUGUCGCAUACCUUUUUUGAUCACAUUAGGGAAUAACUAUCUUCUUGUUUGUUAUUUGAAACCGUUAAUACAGCAGACUCGCUAAACAAAGGUGAAUGCGAGUGUCCAUUAAACCAGCAUUAGCGUUCGCAUAUAACAAAUGAUAGAAUGGUUAUUCCCAUUCUAAUGUAAUUUUAAAAGUUUAGGUCUUAUAUAUGUCGUUGAGAUUUGUUUUAAUUUUUGUUUUAAGAAAUACUUUACGAAAUGUU